CCUUUGAUCAUCUGCUUCCACGGCUCGGGCGACUCAUGCGCGUCCUGGAUACCCCUGGCAGAGCUUCUUGGCACCAAAUACCCAGUGCUCCUCUGGGAUCGUCAGGAUCCUUAUAUGAAACCCGAGUCACUUAUAAACGGGAUUAUGCGGUACUUGGAUCAAGCGAAGCUACCACCACCUUACGUGUUGGUGGCACAUUCGUAUGGUGGCAUGUUUGUGCGGCUCUUCCUUCAACGAAAACACCGCGACGUGGCGGGAAUUAUACUCGUCGAGACAGGCCAAGAGGCCGAAACAGGCAAAGGAAUCGAGGAGAAGCAAUACAAGAACCAAAUUCUGAGAAACAAGCCCCUUGUGGUGAUUCGAGGGAACACGUUGAUAGGGAAGUGGAAGCAAUACGAAGAAGCCCUUGCUGCCGCUGAGGAAAAGACCAGUCCCGGCCUCAUAGCACAGAAACAAAUGCUGGACGCGGCAGAUAAAGAGGAUGAACGCCUGAAAAAGGCACAACUAGCACUGUCGCGAUGUCAUCGCUACAUUCAUAUUCCAGACUGUGGACAUGACGUUAUCCAGCAAAGACCAGAGGAAGUGGUUAAGGAAGUCACCUGGGUGAUGGAGCAUCUUCAG